AUGCAAAAGUCACCGAUCAAUGGCAGAACGAAACUGCUGUGGGUCGAGCACAUCGCUGGUGCACAUCCUAGAUUUGGGAGUACCGAUGCUGUGCUUUCUUGUACAUGGUCCAGACAAUCAGCAAGCGUUUUUCUGGGUUCCCUUCUAAUAAGCACCUGCAACAGUGUCAGUUGUUGUGUCAGCCAGCCUUGUGAAUUUCUGACCAAGGUGAUACCGGCAGCCUUCAAGGAAAAUGUGCUGCUGGUCUUGUACUUCUGCAAUGGAACCAGUGGUGCUUUUGCCUUCCUGGCGCUGUUGAGGAGCCCACCCUGCCCAUGCACAAAAUUGUUCUGUUUGAUGUAUUAA